CGUUACACUGCAGCUGACGGCAUAAAAUCCGAGACGAGACAGUUGUCACUCGCCAAAAACUCUUUCCGACACCCAGGUACCUUGGUCUAUCGUCAAGAUUCUACAACAAAUUUGGAAUCGAUGGCUCUCGUUUUCGCCCUUUGGAUAAUUCAGUCGAGGGAGAUAGGAUCCUAGCAAAACGAGCGCCGCGGUGAUCCAGCCUGUCCAACCCCCAGAUUUGCCCUUCACUCGGAGCAAGAUGGUUUCCACACCACCACAAUUAGCCCGACGUUGCCCCAAAAUCCUGGGCUGAGGCCAAGCAGGAUGAGAAUACCCACUUCAGGUGCCUUUUGCCAGCGAUGGACGCCGGCUGCAGCCAUUUCUGGGUCGCGAAAAUUAUCGAUGAAUGACUGGGCGUUGCUCCCCACCACGUCUUUUUCUCGGUAGCGGGUGCACGAAUUGUUACAUUGGAUUCUUAAUUAUCGCAUAUGCAGAAUCCGCGGCAGCGCGUUGCUUAGCGAUAUUUAGUAGUUUUCUUGUUUUUUAUUUGAACCCGGCUGCGUUCUUUUGUCGAGUCCAUGGUCCCGUCAAUCCAGCGUGUGUUUCAUUGCAAGCCAUGGCUUCAGCAUCCCCACCAUCGUCCCGCUCCGAAUUCCAGAUAGCUAUUGUUUGCGCCCUGCCCCUCGAAGCAGACGCCGUGGACCUGCUUUUUGACGGGCGGUUCGACGACCAACGAUAUGGAAGAGCCAGGGGCGACAACAAUACUUACUACGCGGGCCGAAUGGCGGGCCAUGCCGUUGUGCUCUUGCAACUCCCAAACAUGGGACCGCUGGCUGCAGCUUCUGGAUCGGCAGGUCUCCGCUCUAGCUACCCCAACGUCCAGCUCGCUCUGCUCGUCGGUGUCUGUGGGGGUCUCCCCGUCAUCAAUGAUCAAAGUGUGUACUUGGGGGAUGUCGUUGUGAGCAAGAGGGUGGUAAACUACGAUUUCGGCCGGCAAUAUCCAGACAGAUUCGUUCCCAAGGAUGGCGUCGAUGACCGUCUCGGCCGUGCCAACAAGGAUAUCCGCGGGCUUUUGGCCUGGCUCCAAAGGGAGCGUGGGAUGAAACUCUUAUUAUCCAAGGCGGCAGACAACCUCGCCAUUAUUCAAAAGAAGGCCCAGGAGGAAUACGGAUCGAACAAAUACUCGCCCCUGCCCGACUGGGACGACAGAAUCUUUCCAUCCGACUAUCAACACAGACACCGCAGCGGCGAAUGCGGCACCUGCGACCAAGGCCACUUUUGCCAAGCUGCAGCCAACUUGUCCUGCACCGAAAUCGGAUGCGACCAAGGGCAGCACCACUCCAGGGCUGAGCGUCGCCUGGAGCGGCCUUCUGGUCUCUGCCCUCGUGUUUUUAUAGGCAGCAUCGCAUCUGGAAACGCAGUCAUAAAGUCUGGCAAGCACCGGGAUCGCAUCGCCGAGGAGCACGGUGUGAUCGCCUUCGAGAUGGAAGGGGCUGGGGCCUGGGACGAAAUACCCUGCAUCGUCGUCAAGGGCAUCUGCGACUACGCCGACAGCCAUAAGAGCAAGCUGUGGCAGAACUUUGCAGCAGCGACGGCUGCAUCGGUGGCAGCUGCAAUUAUAGACCGUUACGAGCCGUCAGACAUGGUGGCCACAGACAUCUCAGCGUCUAGCAUGAGUGGACCUGCUUCUCGUCACGCAGAUGAUUCCAUAUAUGGCGGCAUGAAUGAAAUACAUCCCCAAAAUCAUGGGAUUGCUGUAAAUGGGUCUGUGAGCCAUGGAAACGUUGCUAGCGGGACUCUUGUUUCUGGGGACGACAACGCCGGGACCAUCGUUCACGGGAACUACUAUGGGGGAAGCAACGUCACAGACGCAAGCAGGAGUGACGGACCACACUGGCUUGUUCCACGAGCAGUGAAUCCUCUCUUCACCGGUCGGUCAGCCAUUAUCGAGACUAUAGAAGGAGCCAUAGAUCAAGAGGUUUCGGGGUGCCACAGGGUGUUUGCUCUUACUGGUCUCGGAGGCCAGGGGAAAAGUGAGGUCUGUUUACAGGUGGCCAACCGGGUUCGUCAACGUUUCUGGGGCGUCUUUUGGGUUGACGUUGGCACCCUCGAGUCUGCCAAGUCGUCUUUCUCCCAAGUUGCUUCCCUCCUCGGGAUGCCCCUUUCUGCGGGAGAGGACCCGGUUAAGAAGUCCCUGCAACUGCUAGCUAAUGUUCGCCCCGGCCGGCGAUGGCUGCUGAUUCUUGACAAUGCCGAUGACGAAAAGACAGACUAUCAUGGCUACAUCCCUUCUGGAAGCCAAGGGGCCAUUUUGGUCACGUCGCGCCUCAGGGACUGCCAAGACCUCAGCACCGUUGGGUGCCACGAGCUUCAAGACCUCGACGAAGCUGAUUGUGUCAAGCUUCUCUUCAAUGCCGCUCGUAUAAAGCCGGCCACAGAUGAUGAGAGAGAAGAAGAGGUCCAGGCUGCGAAACGCGUGAUCCAGCUGCUUGGUAGUCACACCCUGGCUUUGGUGCAUGCCGGUGCCUACAUUCGUAAAGGCCUCUGCACACUGUCUGGGUAUCCCGAAGUCUACCAGGCGCAACAGCAACGCCUUCUCAACUUCUCCCCUGGUCAAGCACAAUCCCGCUAUCGCUCUGUACAUGCGACCUUUGAAGCAUCGGCGGACGUUCUUGAAAAGUCAAACGACUUUGAAGCGCAGACGGCUCUGGAAUUGCUGGCUGCACUUUCGGUACUGCACUUCAGAGACGUCCCCCUGGAUGUGUUUCAAGACGCAUGGAGGGGAGCCCAAGUGGCCAAGACCAUCCCGUCAACCGACCUCGCCUUAAGCAAACUCACCCGCUGGCACGUACAGCGGCUGCCAGGCUUCCUACAGUCGGACGAUGCUUGGAACCACGACCUCGUAUUCUCCGGGGCGAUAGCGAGGCUCCGAUCACUCGCCUUGAUCACCACGGGCACAUUGCGUGGUGUUCUGACAGCAUCGAUGCAUCCCUUGGUACACGAAUGGCUACUCCUUCGUCAAACCGAGGCAUCAAGGCGAGGGCGGCGCCUUGCUGGUGCUUGCAUCUUGAUGCUAUCCAACUUUGGCGCAGACUGGAUGUGGCAACCAUACCGACCACUCCUGAUGACCCACUCCACGUGUCUUAUCCAGUACGAAAAGUGGAUGUCCUCGAUGCAAAACCCGUCACGACAAGAAGUCCAACUGCUCGAGCUGGCUGCGCGAAGCUUGUACAAAGAUAAGCUUCUCAAAGAGGCAGUAAACAUAGUGGAUAUGAUUUUUCGGCUCCUGGGAGGUGAGGCCAAGGCGCUUUCCGCAGACAACUUCUCCCUGUUUCGGCUCAUGGGCACAAUCCAACUCGAACUGCCCAGACCGAACAAAGCAAUUCGCUAUUUCCAAUACGCUUUGCAGUGGUCCAGGAAAACACUUGCUAGAGACGACAAACUACGCCUGGGGAUAACGCGACAAGCGGCUGCAGCCUUUAGGCAGGAGGGCCAGCAAGACGAGGUGCUUGCGCUCCUCGAGGAAGUGCUCGAAGUUGCCAAAACAGAGCUGAAUAACGGGGGUUCUCUAGACAUUGCUACGCUGCGCGAAGUAGGGUCGAUAUACUUUGAAGCGGGAGAUACCGAAAAUGCAAUAAGCAUCUUUGAGCGAGUGGUGGAGUACCAAGCGCCUCGAUGUAGCAAAUUCGAUGCCGACUUUUUGAUAGAUCAGACAGUACUUGGCGAUGCGUACUACGAGGACGGGCAGCCCGACAAGGCGAUCGAGAUGUUUGAAGAGGUUUCCUUGAUCCGCAAGAGCACGUUGCCUCCCAGCAACCCUGACCGACUCAACCUGGAACACAAUCUUGCCCUGGCGUAUGGUGGUGCUCGCAGACCCAAGGAGGCAAUCCGUCUGCUUCGCCAUGUCGUUGGAGUUCAGGCAACAAUAUAUCCAAAGACGCACCCCGCUUCGCUUCUAUCCAGAAAGAUGCUCAACUUGGCAUUGGAAAUGGAAAAGAAUCAAUAGAGAUGGAUAUAAUGGGUUUAACGUUUUGUAUUUUUUUUGUUCUAUAUUUAAUGUGCCUGGAGGGCUUAUUGGCGGCAAGCAAGUCCGUCCGACUCAGUCCCUUCUGGGUGAUGCUGGACUCAAAUCUUGUGUUUGUAGUGGCUCAUAUUUAUUCCCUCAAUACUCAAACAAUCAUUCUCGCUCCAUAAACAAACUUAAUAAUAAAAGAAAAAGCACGGC